AUGACUUCCCAGUGGUCUCCUCCUGCAGAUGACUUCAGUAUCUACUAUGUCCUCACAGAGUGCACAGAUUACUAUGAUACCCUUCCAGUUAAGGAGGCUGAUGGGAACCAGCCCCAUUUUCAGGGAGUCACUGGCCUGAGGAACUUGGGCAACACAUGCUACAUGAAUGCCAUCUUUUGGUGUCUCUGCAGCAUCUCACCACUGGUGGAAUACUUCCUCUCUGGAAAGUACAUCACUGCUCUUCAAAAUGAUUGCAGUGAGGUUGCCAUGGCUUUUGCCUACCUGAUGACAGACAUGUGGCUUGGAGACUCAGACUGUGUCUCAACAGAAAUAUUCUGAUCAGCUCUUGGCAACCUCUACCCAAAAUUUACGAAAAAGACACAACAAGAUGGUCAGGAAUUCUUGAUUUAUGUCCUAAAUGAACUUCAUGAAGCUUUAGAAAAGUACUGUUAUCCCUGGAGAAGAUCAUAUGAGAAAGGACCUACUCAGAGAUACUGCAGGACAAUUACCACUGAGACAUCCAUCAUCACCCGGCUGUUUGAAGGGCAGCUCAGUUACUGCAUCGUAUGUUUAAAGUGUGAGAAACGCACCUACAAGAACGAAGUUUUCACUCUCCUCUCACUCCCCAUUCCAUCCGAAUAUGAAUGCUCCCUUCAGGACUGUCUCCAGUGUUUUUUUCAACAAGACACACUAACCUGGAACAACCAAAUUCACUGUUCCUUUUGUGAAACCAAGCAAGAAACCGCUGUGAGGGCCAGUAUUUCCAAAGCACCAAAAAUAAUUGUUUUUCACCUAAAAAGGUUUGACAGUCAGAGUACAAUGAAAAGGAAGCUGAGAACAGAUAUUCAUUACCCACUCACUAACUUGGACCUCACUCCUUAUAUUUCCCCAAUUUUCCGGAAACAUCCUAAAUACAACUUCUGUGCAGUAGUGGGACAGCAGCAGAAGUUGGUUCCAAUAGCUUAA